CCUGGUAUACAGACUGACCCGAGCAAUCCGGCUACCAUAUCGGAGGAUAAGCCACAUGCUGACUUGCAGGCAAUGCCAGUACUCGAGCUAGAAGCAUUAGAAGAGUCUGUGCUUAGCGCCUUUAAAUACAGCGACAAUGUUGUCGUAUUCGGAAAGAAAAAGUUCGCUGUACCGAUGGGUAGCGAAAUCAACAGCUUUAUCAAGUUCAAACGCGCCCAUCCCAACUCGGGAGGAAAAGCACAUGUCCUCAUAUACCCUCAACGAGCCAUGCCAGCCAGUUGGAAUACGGCAGUUCAAAAGCCAUCAGAUCGAAUCUUGUUGGCCUUCUAUUGGUUUGCUGUCUGCACUGGUAAGAGUCUUAUCCCUGAGACGAACCCAUGGCUUGAUUUUGUUAUAUUCCAAAAUAGUCCGGGAAUCCGAUGGGCUAUCCUGUGCCUUGCUGCCGUGCAUCUUCAUGACCAUGUCCCCGACAAAGGAAAUGAGGAUCGAGUGAUCCGCAACCACGGAUUCGGCUAUCGAGCUAUCCAACUACACAAGCGCGCCGUUGCCUACCUUCGCACCCUCCUCGACUGCAAGCAAGACGGAUCAUCCCGCGAGAUCAUAUCGUUGUUGAUAGUUCUAUCGACUAUAGACACUCUCCGGAUCGAGCAUCGAAUGAAAGCUCCCUUUGAGCCCGCAUGGUAUCAGGGGUUAAGACUGGCGGAGAAGCACCUUGAUAAGAUGGGGCAAAAACCCUGGUUCUGGGAGGAAGAAUGCUGGAAUCAGAAAAUUCCGAAGAGUCUGAAAGAUACCUUGCCGAUAGGCUUUGGAGAGUUCCAACCGACGAGGCAAAAAACCUCUCAAUUCACGAGUCCUCACGACACCUACCCGACAAACCCAAUGGGAACCUCACCAACGAGCCAUCAGCGCUCCCAGCCGACAAGCCUUCGCAUUUCCCAGGGCGUCUUGGUUGCGCGAGGAAUUAUCCUUGCGCAGGUUAUGUCGAAACUGCCACCGUCAGAAAAUUUUGUUCCAGUGGAGGAAAGUCGUCGAUUUAGCUGGUUGCUACAGGCUUCAUCUGAGCAGUGAUCGGAAU